AUUUUAUUAUUAUUUCCGCAAAAUUUUUGUAUUCAAAAUUUCAGGCUUGAAAAAUGUCAAAAAUUCCUUUAUAUUCGGCUCGAUCACGAUCUCUCAGCUCUAGCAGACGUCGAAGCGUUUCAGAUUCCAGAAAAAUUCUGGAAAUUUUGAGAGAAACACCUGAGAUUGAAGAAGUGGUGGUGGGUUUGACCGUUGAAGAAGAUGCCGUAUUGGAUUUGAAAACGAUUCCCACCAUCGACGAAAACGAUGUCAAAGUCAAGUGUAGCCCAGUUGGAGAACAAGAGAGUCCAGCCAUGGGCCCAAUUGAAGAUGAGGAAUUUGAAUUGGAUGUGAAUAACAAUAGAAUUUUCAAAAUUUCAUCAACACCACCACCCGCUGUACCCACACCACAAUCCACUCCAAACCACUCCACAAGAACGACAACUCUCUCGCUCCUCCCACAUUACAAGAUCUUCCAGCUUCCAUUCUCGCCACCAAUUACGGUCACAACUUCCAGCACCAAGCUCCCGACCGUUACACUCAUAAAGAGGGGAAGAAGGUCAGGUCGGACAAUCUCAACCCAUUUGGACGUGACUAAAACGGAGCUUCCAGGAGAGACAGAUAAUGCCCACCAAGAAAUAAUGCUGGCGAGGACCACAUCGACCGUUGUGCAGGAAGAGCUUUUUAGAAAGAUUUCGUCAUCAAUGACUGACGAAUCGAGAAUGUCGUCCCUCCUAAACUAUGUCAAUUUCGAUACAAAUUAUGAAUCUGAAAUACUCACCAACAUCUUCAACUUUUUCCCAUCAGGACUUUUACAGCGGAUGGGAAAUUUUUUGAGCGAGGAAUCCAUUCCCACCGAUACUAUCAAUUACAACGGGUAUAAAAUUACUGUGUCAGGAAGGGGAAUGUUGCUAAAAUCGGUAAACGUAAAUUGUCACAUGGUUGAGGGGAUGAGUGAAAAUGAUGAUCUUCAUCGAGUCCGAGUGGAAGUGCUGGUUCGAAGUUUUGGUGGAGAAUUGAACGCUCUGAAAACCACGGCAUCCAACACGUUCCGACUAAACCUUCAUGUUCGCGACGAGUUGGAGCAAGAAAUGCCAAAGUCCGUUAUCGUACAGGUGCCCGAAGGGGUGCGAAGUGCAAGCGUCAAUUGGGGCUGGGCGACAAAUGAAGGGAUCGAGGUUGAAGAAAAAGUGCUGGUCGUAAAGUGUCCGUAAUUUUAUGAACUUAAAAUUAUCAGUCAGUCAUGCUU